UGAGUAGUAUUCUUGGAGAUUCAAUACAUAAAAACCCCAAUUCACACAAACAACAGAGUCGCAUACACCUGAGUUUCUAUCUCUGAGUGACCUCAAUUUUCUUUUCUCACACUUCAAUUCACGCAGGAAUACACGGGCAAAAAUGGUGGGAGAAGAGAAACGGCACCGGAUGAUGCAGAAUUUGUUCGGGGACCAAUCGGGAGAAGAAGAUGAGGAGGAGGCCGAAUCCGAGCACGAGUCCAAUCGUCAACCUGACUAUUUUCCAGGCGGAAUGACUCUAAAAUCUGUCACCACGACAACCCCUCACCGCCGCAGCUGUCCAUAUACCCGCCGCCUCCUCCGCUAUGCAGUUGCCUCUAGGCUCUUUGUACUAACUCUGAUUAUCAUCUGGCGAUCUCUUGUGAGCCCCUAUGACACUUCCGCCUCAAUAAACCCCCCAUGCCUCACCUCCUCCACCAAUUCCUCUAAUCCUCACGGGCCAUCAGUUCUCCUGCCGAGAGUGGGAUCGGCAAUUGAGAACGGCAUUGUGUGGGAUAGCGUGUAUUUCAUUCGUAUUGCAGAGUGCGGAUACGAGUACGAACAAACCUAUGCCUUCUUGCCGUUGCUUCCCCUUUGCAUUUCCCUUUUGUCGAAAACAGUUUUUGCGCCAUUGGAACCUGUGGUUGGAUACAGGGCUGUGCUUGGGUUAUCUGGAUAUAUCCUCAACAACCUCGCCUUUGUUUUUGCCUCAUUGUAUUUAUUCCGGCUUUCAGUUUUUGUUUUGAAGGACCCAGAGUUAGCAUUCCGAGCAUCAGUUUUGUUUUGCUUCAAUCCAGCUUCGAUAUUCUACUCAUCAAUAUACUCCGAGAGUCUGUAUGCUUUCUUAUCAUUUGGAGGAAUGUACCAUUUCAUGAAUGGCACAGAUUAUUUUGCAACAGUUUGGUUUGCACUCUCUGGUUGUGCACGGUCCAAUGGGGUGCUUAAUGCAGGCUAUAUUUGUUACCGCAGAAUGCAACUGGUGAAUAAAGCUUUUCUCUCCAGAAAACGCACUUAUUGGCUAACAUUGAAGAUUCUUCUUGCUGGGGCUUUAUGUUGUCUAUGCAUCUUUGCUCCCUUUAUCUCUUUUCAAGCAUUUGGAUACUUCAAUAUUUGCAUGGGUCGUUCUGCUGCAGAAAUGAGGCCUUGGUGCAAGGCAAGACUUCCUUUACUCUACAAUUAUAUUCAAAGCCACUAUUGGGGCGUCGGCUUCUUAAGAUAUUUUCGAGUUAAACAGUUGCCCAACUUUCUUCUUGCUUCGCCAAUAUUGUCUGUUGCACUUUGCUCAAUCGUCUACUAUGUGAAGCUAUGGCCGGAGGUUUUUCUCUCACUUGGUCUUAGAGCUUCUUCAUUACAAAAAGGAUUGGUUUGUUCCUUGUUAUCUAAGGCCACAGAGGGACAGCCAAGCACGGAUGGCCUUUUGGAGAACGAUUCUUCUAACAUAUUGAAAGAUGAUAGGUCUAUCAGACUGAGGAAAGGAGCUAUCAAAAGAGAAAAAAAGGUUAUACAGCCAUCUGAAAGUGGAGCGCAUGAGAGGCUACAGUGCGACCCUGUCAUUAUUCUUCCUUUUGUUCUACACUUGAGCUUCAUGGUCGCAACAGCAUUUUUUGUCAUGCAUGUUCAGGUUGCAACUCGCUUCUUGUCCGCUAGCCCUCUCCUGUACUGGUUUGCUUCUCACAUAAUGAGAUCUCCUGGCAUUGGAAGGAGAUGGGGAUAUCUCAUAUGGGCAUACUGUGGAGCUUACAUUUUCCUUGGCAGUUUGCUUUUCUCAAACUUCUAUCCUUUUACUUGAAGUACUGGAAGAAAUCUCCCUCGUUAUUAACUGUCUAUUAUGGGCUUGAUGAUAUCACACAACGAAAUAGAUGCAUCGUUGGGUUGAUUAGCAUCUCUUAUCUUUGCCUAGUAACAAUCGAGAGAAACAAUAGAGUUGCUUGCAAGAUUUGGUAUCUUAUUAAUAUCUAGUUAGAUAUUAGGGUCAUUGUAAUCUUUCCAUCAUGUAAAAAUUUUGCUGCAUUUUCUUUCUACUGUGCAGUUUUUAUGUUAUUUUGCAGCUUAUUUUAUUUCAUGAUUUUCAUAUAAACACUGAACCUUCCAAUAUACUAUGAACU